GGCGACUUUGAUGCAACAUUCGGGUAACAGAUUCAGAGCCUCUACAGAGUGAGGCGAAGCGCUGCCCCUGGUCACUUGCUCAGCCUAGAUGCCAAGAGUCCUGUUCCACAGGGUUGACAGUAUGUUAUAGUGUCAUGGAGCACAGUACACUUUUCUUAGUUUCAUUAUUUUUUACUUUUUAAAAGUUUGCUGAAGGUUUUUCUUCCAACGUCGGACGAAUGGAGAGGUUUCGUACAUGUAGUUUGUUUCUCACUGACUGUUUCAUCAGCUCGUUCUCGGUGUAGAUUCAUUUGUAGUCCUGGCAGUGAAGAUGCUCCUCUGGGUCGGGGCUCUGGUUCUCCUGGUGUUGGUGGAAGGUUACCGAGACAACAUGUGUCCACGGAGAGAUCCAGCUCGCGGGGUAUUGGUGUUGAGCCCGGGCAGCGAAGUCCUCCUUCAUUGCCAUGGUGAUGUCAUUGUUGACAGAGUGUUGAAAGUCCGGGGAAAAUCUGAGAGACCCUUCAUUGGGGCUUACCAGCAAAACACGCGGACAUCCUCAAAUGAGGGCCACAGGAUGCAAACGGCAGAAAGCUCUACUGUAACCUACCAAACGGAGACAGUGAGAUUGACAUAUCAUGAAGGAACCUCAGACGGAACCUCAGAUAGAACCUCAGAUGGAACCUCAGAUAGAACCUCAGACGGAACCUCACAUGAAGAAUACCAGGAAGAGGGCGUGGUCACCCCCACUGGCGGACACUAUGAUAAAAACAGAACCACAUCUGGAGCUCACCAAAGGGAGACCGGGAGAACAUCCACUGAAGGGUUCCGUAGAGAGACAAGUGGAACCUCUUCAGUGGGAAAUGAUGAACACACAGACGGAACCCUACCUGAGGAACACGAGAGAGAGACGGGGGUGCCAGUCCCAUCGGUCAACCAGGAGGAAGCUGUCAGCGCAAGGUCACACCUGUCGUCUAGCAACCACGAGAAAGCUGUCAGCGCAAGGCCACACGCGUCGUCUAGCAACCAGGAGGAAGCUGUCAGCGCAAGGCCACAUGCGUCGUCUAGCAACCAGGAGGAUGCUGUCAGCGCAAGGCCACAUGCGUCGUCUAGCAACCAGGAGGAAGCUGUCAGCGCAAGGCCACAUGCGUCGUCUAGCAACCAGGAGGAAGCUGUCAGCGCAAGGCCACAUGCGUCGUCUAGCAACCAGGAGGAAGCUGUCAGCGCAAGGCCACAUGUGUCGUCCAGCACAUCAGGAGUGGGCUCCACAGUGGUCGCCAAGCCUCCUUUGCAGGAUGAUGUCACAGCAGAGGGAGGAGCUGUGGCACUGGAGAGGCGGAGUUACUGGACUCGGAAUGGUGUGCUGGUGCAAGGCAGUACAGGGAUGAGCCCUCUCACUCUGCCUCACUUUGGCCUCAUGGAUGUAGGAAAUUACAGCUGCUACAGACAGGGGGCGCUGAUGAGCAGUGUGAACAUCACACUUGGAACUCCGCCAGUGCGGCCCACUCUGUCAUGCUACAGGAGGUCACCUGGCAGCAACAUCCGCUGUGAUUGGACAUCGCCACAACCCGUGGUGCCCAUUCCCAAGUGCUACAUCCUGCUUGAGAAAAGCCGGCGUGCCUCAGUAGUGAAGUGUUCCUACUCUGUGCUCUACUCACGCUGCUGGUGCGUGCUGGAGGCUGUGGGGAUGGACAGGAGUGUGUACGCGGCCAGGCUGUGUGUGACCAACGCGGCCGGCAACGCCACAAGCCCUGAGGUCCGCUUUACAGCAGAGAACGCCAUAAAGCCAGACCCUCCGGCUUCAGUGAGGGUGAGUGGGGUGGAGGGCGGGGAGAGGAUGCUGGGCGUGGCCUGGUCUUACCCCGCCUCCUGGAGGAGGGGCUUCUACUUAUUACGCUUCCAGCUAAAGUACCGACCAACGCAAAGAGAAAAGUAUCAGACAGUAGAGACUGAGGCCCAGUCCUGGACCAUCACAGAUGCUCUGCCUCACACUGACUAUGAGCUGCAGCUGCGGGCUAGAGAGGAAUUCAGCAUCGGCCACUGGAGUGACUGGAGCCCACCUGUAUACUCCCGCACCUGGACAGCAGCAGUUCUGGAGUUGACUACCCCCUCUCAGGACCCUGUGUGGAUUGAGGAAGGCUCUGGGUCUGGUGAAGACAUAAUGACAGAUGCAGCCGUGUCCGAGGACUCGUUUGACAUGUUUGGCAGCGUGUUUGGCGUCUGCGUGCUGGCGGGAAUGGUCAUUCUGCUGUCGGUGUAUGUGUUUAGACACAGGAUGCGUUUCGCGUCCACGCUGGGUAAGCUGGGUUCAGCCUCAGCCUCUGCGGCGCCCCCUGCUGCCCGUCCUCAGCCACCCGCCCUGGAGGAAGACAAGCCUCUGAUGUCACCCGUCAGCCCCACGCCCUCACAGUUCACCUUGCAGCAUCAGCUCCCGCCUGUACAGGAGGACAGUGGCCAGAAUGUCCAUUUCCACAACAUGGGCUACUUUCUAGUGCCCAAGGAAUGAAGAUGACACAAAGGACUCAAAAACACUUUGCUGAUUCGAAAUGAAUCCAACCGUUUCAGAAAGUUUAUACUUUACCUCUGUACCUGUUUACCUCAAGUUUGUACUUAGUUUUUCAUGGCUUGGUUGUGGUCAAAUAUAUAUUUUUUUCAGCUUUCUAUCUGAGUGAAAUGACCCUGAAGUGAUAGCAAUGAUAAAAAACUGGUAAGAUUCUCUCAAGUCUAAAGAAAGGUGCUUCCUUUCUCAUCUACACUGGGCAAUCCUUUACUAAGAAAAUGAUCCCUGAUAAUGCGGUCCCACAGUCCCUUGCUGUAGCAGCACUGAAAGUGACACGCCAUUUGGCUAUUCACAAAAAAAAAAUAUAGACAAUAAAAAUGUAAACAGUAAACAAACAACCAACAUAAACUAUGUCAAUAUUAUCAGCCAUUGCAUAAUUAUGUAGCCUAGAGUAAAUGUCAGAUUCUCUCAACAAUGCAUGUCCUUUACAUCUUUCCUGAAACUUCCUUUACAUCUUUCCUGAAACUUUCUUGACUUCCCUUCUUUAUCUAGGUCAAGAAAAAGUGCUUAUGAAAAUACAUAGAAUGUAAUUUUUUGACUAUUCAACCUCAGCCUCUGUACAGUAUAUUAUCAUGUGUAUGUGUUACAACUUUAUUUUUAUUGAUGUCAGACAAUAGUCAAUAAAGUAUUUUGAUACAAAA